ACUCUUCUUCUCUAUAAUUAACGAUACCAGAGAGCAGCAUGGGAUUCCCAAACUCACCAGAACAACACCCACCUCACGCCAUUCUCUUCGCUUACCCAACUCUAGGUCACGUAAUCCCCUCCGUCCAUCUCGCAAUCAAGCUCGCAUCAUGUGGCUUCGUCAUCACCUUCGUCAACACUCACUCCAUCCACCACCACACCUCUCGAGCCGCCUCCGACUCUUCCCACCCCAAGGACGACAUCUUUGCCGCCGUCCGAGAUUCCGGCCUCGACAUACGCUAUACCACCGUUUCCGACGGACUUCCGGUGGGGUUUGACCACUCUCUCCACCACGAGCAAUUUAUGCAGUCCAUGUUGCAUGUGUUUUCGGCUCACGUGGAAGAGCUCGUGGCGAAGCUUGUGAAGCAAUCUGUGCCCCCGGUCACGUGCUUGAUCGCCGACACUUUCUUUGUGUGGCCGUCCAUGAUAGCCAAGAAGUUUGGCCUCCUUUAUGUUUCCUUUUGGACGGAGCCUGCUUUGGUUUUCUCUCUCUAUUACCACAUGAACCUUCUCAGAAAGAAUGGUCAUUUUGCUUGCCAGGAUGCUCGUGAUGACUCUAUUGACUAUAUACCGGGCGUGGAAGCCAUCCAUCCCAAAGACAUGAUGUCAUAUCUGCAAGAAAAGGAUACAUCCACAGUGUGCCAUCAAAUAAUUUUCAACGCCUUCAAAGAAGUAAGAGGUGCAGAUUUUGUGCUCUGCAACACGGUUCAGGAGUUGGAGCCCCAUACCAUCUCUGCUCUGCAAGCCCAUGUCCCCUUUUUUGCCGUCGGACCCAUCUUCCCACUCGGCUUCACUAAGAGCACCGUGCCCACCAGCCUCUGGUCCGAAUCCGAUUGCACCCAAUGGCUCGAUUCGAAGCCUCGUGCCUCUGUCUUGUACAUUUCUUUUGGAAGCACUGUCCAUGUUGCCAAACGUGAUCUCUUAGAAAUCGCAAACGGGCUUUUGCUUACCCAUGUGAAUUUUCUUUGGGUGCUUCGACCUGAUGUUGUGAGCUCUGAAGAUCAGCAUCCUUUACCUAUUGGAUUUGAAGAGGCGAUUCAUGGUCGUGGGAUGAUCAUACCUUGGUGCAGCCAAAUUGAGGUGUUGACUCACUCGGCCAUUGGAGGGUUUUUGACUCACUGUGGAUGGAAUUCAAUAUUAGAGAGCAUAUGGAGCGAGGUUCCUCUGCUGUGCUUUCCAUUAUUGACUGAUCAAUUCACCAAUCGGAAGUUAGUGGUUGAUGAUUGGAAGAUCGGGAUCAACUUAGGCAAUGCAUGUGGUCUGGUUAAGAAGGAGGAGGUGUCACAGAAUGUGAAUCGUUUGAUGGAUGAAAAAAUGGGGGCAGAGUUCAAGAGCGCUGUGAGAGAUAUGAAGAAGACAUUGAGGCACGCAUUGAUGACAAAUGGAUCUUCCAAAAAAAAUAUGGAAUGCUUUGUCAGAGACCUAAAGACCAAAGUCUCUACAUCUCAUGCUAGAAGCACUUCUAAUGGUCAUUCCGUCAUUGACUCCACUUUAAAGCAAGCAUCUUGGAACUUAUUUUUCUCAUAAGAGAGAGAAAAUCCAAGUAAUUAAUAAACACUCCAUUUACUGAUAUGCGAUGUGCAGAUUUUGAGGAAGAGUUAAAUUAAAAUUUGUUGUUAUUAUUGAACUCUGUACCUUUUUUAUAAAUUAAAGACAAAUUCAUGUUGGAAUAAAAUGAGUUUAAACUACAAAGUAAGCAUAAGGACAAAAACAAAAACAGCUUAAGCUCUAGAGUAGCUGGAUAUGACUAGUAAAAAAAAGAAAAAAAAAUGAGAAAAAGAAAAGUAGAUGCUAGAUAUCUCACCAAACACAUCCUCAGAGAGAGCACAAGCAAAGUCCGAGGAGCUUAA